UAUACAUUGGGUUUUUAGAAGAAGACACGCUUUCCUCCGUGAUGUCGAUUCCGCAAUGAGCAAGGGUGCUCUCUCUCUCCCAGCUGAUCGACGCAGUUGUGUGAACACCACGAACGGUAACAGAUAAGCAAUGGCUCCCCCAGUGUAUGGUGAUCUCGGCAAGUCCGCCAAGGAUGUGUUCGGCAAGGGAUACCACUUUGGCGUGCUCAAGUUGGAGUGCAAGAGCAAAACCAACACUGGUGUCGAGAUCAACGCUGGUGGCACAAAUGCCCUGGAGUCGGGCAAGGUCGCUGGAAACCUUGAGACCAAGUACAAGGUGAAGGAGCAUGGCCUGACCUUCACUGAGAAGUGGAACACAGACAACACCCUCAACACUGAGGUUGCCAUUGAAGAUAAGGUUGCCAAGGGCCUCAAGCUGGUCCUGAACACCACCUUUGCCCCCCAGACUGGCAAGAAGUCUGGAGUGCUCAAGUCCACUUACAAGACUGAUGCCCUCUCCGUCAACCUGGACUCCACCCUGGACCUGGGUGGCCCCGUCGUCAAUGGUGCUGCAGUUGCCAGCUACAAGAACUGGCUGGUUGGCUACCAGAUGUCCUUCGACACAGCCAAGUCGAAGCUCACCAAGAACAACUUCGCUGUUGGCUUCACCAACCCCGACUUCAUCCUCCACACAUAUGCCAACGAUGGUGCUGAGUUCGGUGGCUCCCUCUUCCACAAAAUCAGCCCUGAGCUGGAGGGCGCUGUGGACCUGUCAUGGGCCGCUGGCUCCAACACCACCCGCUUUGCUAUUGGCUGCAAGUAUGCCCUAGACAAGGAUGCUGCUCUUCGAGCCAAGGUGAACAACUCUUCACAGGUCGGCUUGGGCUACCAGCAGAAGGUCCGUGAUGGCAUCACCCUCACCCUGUCCACACUCAUUGAUGGAAAGAACUUCAACCAGGGAGGCCAUAAGGUUGGCCUGGCCGUGGAACUGGAGGCUUAAAGUGGCGGGGCGGCUGUUGAUUCAAGGUCUUUGGGCAUCACCACGUGACACCUUGCACUGGAAAUGGGAGUCGAUGGGACACUGGGCUCUCCGCAGGAACAGACUGUGUGGCCAAAGGUGGAAGGAGCCACCUUGAGUGACGCAGGGAAGUGUCCACAAAACGCCAAGUCAUAGAUUCCAGUAGUGUAAAUGAGCGUUGUAUAUUACAUAAUGAGCGUCUGUACAUUAUCCAAGAUUUUUAUCCUCAAUGGUUGGCAACUGCAGCAAGUUGCAAAUUUUGGUUUGCAGCUUAAUUUUGUCUUAAUAAUUCCUCCUUAAAAUAAAUGAAAACAGAA